AUGAGACGCUUUUCGACGUUCCUCAGUUUGCGGGCAAUUCCGCCGCGAGGACUCGUCAAGCUCAAUAGGAAGCUGCUUGAGAUCAAGGGUCCUGACUCCGCCAAGUUUUUGAAUGGACUGCUGACGACCAAGAUGCUGCCCACUUUCGAGAAAAAGAACCUCACCACGAUAUCCGCCAGCGAUCUACAAGCAUUGGAGAACUCUAAAAUGCUCGGACUUACAGACGAGCAGAUGCAAAAGGAUAACUGGGGCAUUCUUCACGAGGACGAGACCUACGACCCUGAUGUUCCAGAACGACUGGGCAUCAGGAGAGACGGCCGGUACUCCAUGCUUCUAAAUUCCAGGGGACGAGUUCUGUCUGAUCUAUUUGUCUAUCCGACUCCUUAUAUUCCAAGCAAUGGCCCUAAGUACUUGCUUGAGAUGGCACCGAAGAAUUUUGGGCAAAUCCAGAUGAUGCUCAAAUUGCACAAACUUCGAGCAAAGAUUGAUAUUUCGGUUGCAAAUUAUAACUCGUGGUUUUACUACGACCAUUCUGAGGAAUUCGAUGAGUUUUACGACUUGUUACAGUCAGAGUAUCUCAAUAAUAGAAACUCCAAGAGUGUGGAAGCCGCUUCUACCUGGAGCAAGUAUUUACAAGACAGGCUUGUGAAUGAGGAGAUACUGACCAAGGACAAUGCCUCGCAGUUACAAGGGUUCGCAAUCGACGACCGUGCGCCAUGUUUUGGGCUCAAAUUCAUUCUUCCUCCUGAAAGCCAGCUUGAAAACCUAGAGGACAUUCAAGUGGAACACGAAGUGUAUGAUACUUUGCGCACUCUGGUUGGGAUUUCAGAGAUUUCCGACUUCAAGUCCGAAACACUACCCUUUGAAAACAACCUCGAUUACAUGAAUGGAAUAAAUUACAACAAGGGAUGCUAUGUAGGCCAGGAGCUCACUAUCAGAACGUUUCACUCGGGUGUCAUUAGAAAACGGGUCAUGCCCGUACAAUUGUUCAGAGUCGGAGAGCCUGUGAGCGCGGAAAUAAAAUUGGCAGACGAAGACCUGGGUCUGGGCCAGUAUACUGAUCUGCAGCUGGUCAACACGUCCAAGAAAAUCUCAGACGCCGAGCAUCAGUCCCCAAACCCAUUUGGAUCGAGGACGCGCAGAGACAAAAAAAUAGGAGAGAUCAUCAGGGUGCAAAAUAAUAUAGGCCUAGCCGUUGUAUAUGUGGCCGAGAUCAAUCGUGACAAUGCGCCCGGUAAAAACGAGUUCCCUAUAGUGUCCAAGAACUCGUCAGAGGUCGCAGGGAAAUUUAUCGCCAAGGUUCACAUACCUGAAUGGUGGCCCUCAGAAGAGCCCGAGGAGGAGGAGGAAUAA